CAGAAGCGCGCGUUUGGCCGGGGAAAUCUUCUUCAAUCCCCAGCAACUCUUCGCAUCACUUUAUUAGCCUGAUCCGAAACUACGGCAGCUCAGUGAGAUAAUUAACUUGGAACAGCCCCAGAUAGCGUAUGCCGAGGAUGGUAAGAUGACAACAUUUAAAGCUGAUAGCAGCUCUGUACGCGAUCCUCAGCUAUCCCCCGACACCUGCACGACAGUUUCACUCAUACAUGCUUCCGCGAAUAGCAUGAGACAGACAACAUGCUCCCGACAUUUCACGUCCUCAAACAAUCUCUAACGUAUAGGAAUUAUUGUACGCGCCACGAACAAAUUUCCCAUAUAGAGAAUAUAGUAAUCUACUAAUCAUGAUCAUGGCCGUACAAGCGUUCCCAGAGAAUACCGGAACUGGAGCGUCUGUGAUGUAUCACAAUUCAGUUCAGAUACCGUUACAUUCUGAGACGUUGAGAACAAAGAGAGAUCGAGAGUCUCUUGAUCUCUCGUUCCCUGCCACCCGGGUAACCCGAGCUGCCUCAACCUUUGAUCACAUACAACUUAAAUAUUUAAUGGCCGGUACAACCUCAGUAGUGACCAGAAUUGUAAUGACAAGAAUUGCUCUAUUGAUGAUCAACAACAAGUAUAAAUUUGAUUCAACACGUGAUUAAAGACGCGCUUGUCCGACUAUUAACAUAUACUUCGGGGCUACUCUCAUAGCUAUUUCUUCAAGUACAUCUCUACAGGUUCCAAUGUCGGGUUUCAAUGAGGAGCACGGAUACCCGACGACAAAUACGACAAUCACAUCCUACUAUCAACAUAGCACUACAACACCUACACCUCUUCUAACAACGCUGACGACAAUCAUUAUAUCGAAAACGGCAACAAUCAUCUUAACGACCGUCGAAAUAGUCACGAGCACAAGCACACUUGCAGCACCGGUGGCAACGCACGCACCGUCAUUAUCGUCGACAGAUGCCAGCUUGCCUCCUGCAAAGAUAACCGGUAUCGUCCUAGGGGUACUCUUCGGGAUAUUACUACUCGUUUUCAUCCUUUACCUGCACUUGAUGCCGGGUUCCCUGUGGCCCUGGCGCGGGCUCGGCGAUCCUAAAAACCCAGACCAGAAUCGUUAUCCAGUAUCAAUUGACAAAUUUCCGAGCCCUCCCGAAUUGCAGACACCCACAUCAUUAAAGAGCUCUUCUAAAAAGUCUUCGAACAAGAGUGAUUCUAAGAAGGAGAAAAAGAAGAAAAAGGAAAGUUCAGAAUCGCCAGAGAAGCCGCGCCCGACUUCGUCGGUUACUGCCCCAGGGCAGGCGCAAUACGGGUUCGAGGAGCUGGAGAUGAUACAUGAGUUGGAAGGCGACAGUGGCGGAGAAACUGCAGAUGAGCGAUAUAAGGCGAGAAGUCAGAGACGACCUCAAUAGUCUUGGAAAUACCUGCGCUACUUCCGUUCCUAAGAGAAUAGUGUGGAUAGGGGGUAGGGAGCUCGGCUUUGAGCCUGUUUGAUGUUAGGCCGCGAAGCCUGCGCCAGUGGAAUUCGUUGGGCUGCCGUUACGUUACCGAGCAAGAGCCCCGGGCCGUGAGAAUGAUGGAAGGGACAUGGGAGUGGGGGGAGAACAAGUAAAAUGGAAACGAGGUUC